GCCUCGCCGCCAUCUUUGAUGCCCUCUUCUUGGGGUGAGGAGCUGGCUUCCUCCUCGGGACCAACCCUGGAGCGCCCAGGCUUAGGGACAUGCACUGACCUGCUUGAUAACUGACCAUGGAAAGGAGAGGCCAGUGCUACUGUCCUGCCUGCACAGCACCAUGAACUACAGGUCCCCUCCCCAGUCCGCUCAGGGGAUGCUCUUCAUCACAAAUAGGCUGGUGUUUCCACCGAAUUUAAUUUCACAGAUCAGUGAAUCUUCCAAAAUUUUAGGUACAGGCAAUGGAAAGUUCCCCACUCAUGCUGAUCGGAAAGCUGUCCCUGAGAGGUCACUUGGAGGUUCCAGAUGGCUCAGCAGUGCUUCCAAAAUGAAUAUUUUGACAGUUUGCUGCAUGUUUGCAAACCUUGUCACCUUCGAUGUUCCACCCCUCCUGUACCAUGUCAGCGUUAUUGUAAUACAAGUAUGACCAAUUCAGUGAAAGGAACAAAUGCCAUUCUCUGGACCUGUUUGGGCCUGAGUUUGACAGUUUCUUUGGCAGUUUUCAUGCUGAUGUUCUUGCUAAGGAAGAUGAACUCUGAACCACUGAAGGAUGAAUUUAAAAACACAGGCUCCGUUCUGCUGGAUGUGGCUAAUGCUGACCUGGACAAAAGCAGGACUAGGGAGGACAGGAUCCUUCCAAGAAGCCUGGGGUACACAGUAGAAGAAUGUACCUGCCAAGACUGUGUCAAGAGCAAACCCAAGGUCGAUUCUGACCACGUCUUUCCACUCCCAGCUAUGGAGGAGGGUGCCACCAUUCUUGUCACCACCAAAACUAACGACUAUUGCAAGAGCCUGCCAGCUGCUUCAGGUGUCACAGGGACAGAAAGGUCAACUUCUACUAGAUAAUUAACCCUUCGACUGGUGUAAAGCUACUCUGAAAAUCACUGGUCAGAAGAUGAUGCUUUGGGUCUCUUUGGGGUGACUGUCAGUUGCUGAUACAGUUGCUUUUUAUCUUCUAGUUCUGAAAACUGUUAGAUUUAUUUCCCUAAUUCAUCUUGGGAGCUCAUCUGUGGAAACUUUCUUGGUUUAAUGAUUAAAUUCUUAACUCAAUGAAAAAAAAGUA